AUGAGUACAGAUGCCCAAUCUUCGAGUCAUCCAACAAUAGACAACCCACUCUUCCACCAAGAACUUUCUCAAUUAGAGGCCGAGGUCAGAGCAUUCCACCGCUGUGCUAAGCUCAAAAAUGUCGUCGAUCGGGAAACCCUCAUCAAGGGCGCAAGGAUAGCGAAACAGCCAUGGAGCCUUGAUAUGUCCGAAUUUACCUCUGCGGAGGUCGCAACUCUAGAGAAGGAGAAAGAAUUGGAGACUUCUCUGUUGUUUCUGCCAACCAGAGGUCUUCUUGUUACUAUCAUGGCUACAGCUUGUGCGGCAAUCACACAGGGAUGGCAGCAAUCAACAAUCAAUGCCAGCGCUCUUUUGGAGUGGCAGAAUGAUCUUGGCCUUGAUACUCAUCGUGAUUUGCUUUUGAUUGGAUUUAUCAACGCAGCUCCUUGGCUGUCGGGAAGCCUUAUAGGAACGUGGAUAAGCGAUCCACUCCAAGAAAAGGUUGGAAGACGCCCCGCGCUCUUCCUUGCUGCUGUUUUCUGCGUCGUUCUUGUGCUAGGAACAGCUUAUUGUAAUUCAUGGAAGACACUACUCGUCUGUCGAGUACUCCUUGGUGUGGGGAUCGGAUCAAAAGCUUCAAUAGCCCCUAUUUUUGCCGCCGAAGCAGCACCUGAUAAACAUCGAGGUAAAAUCUUGAUGAUGUGGCAACUUUUUGAUGCACUUGGAAUAUUUCUCGGUUUCUUCUGCGCAUUGAUUGUAAUGGAUAAUUGGAGAGUACUCCUCGCGACCGCGAUAAUUCCCGCCAUUAUCCUACUAUUUUUGGUUUUUAUAUGUCCCGAGUCGCCGCGCUUUCUGAUACAGAGGAACCGAUAUGCCGAUGCAUACAAAAGCCUCCUCGAGCUCCGAGGAACAUCCAUUCAAGCUGCCCGAGAUCUUUACUACAUCCAUGCUCAGCUUCAAACCGAGGCUGUCACAGAAUGGAAUUCGCAGGAAGGGGACUCAUGGCUGUCAGAGGGAGAAACAGAGGGAGAAAGAAAGUAUGCCUACCAAAAAUGGAUCGAAAAGGGCAAUUUCUUCACGCGGAUGAUGCUUCUCGCCACCGAUUCGCGAACUCGAAGAGCGUGCACGGUGGCUUUAAUCGUAAUGGCAUCGCAACAACUAUGUGGUAUCAAUGUAUUAGCAUUCUAUUCAUCCUCGCUUUUGCACACUGAGCCCGGUGAUUCGAGUGAACCAAAUGAUGCUUUGUUUACUUCCCACACAGCUGUCAAAUGGUACAAUUUCGGCUUUGGUCUAGCCAGUUUUAUCUUCACUUUGCCUGUAUACUUGUCUAUUGACUCGCGUGGACGCCGACCUCUGCUACUUGUCUCAUUUAUUGGGAUGCUAUUCAGUCUGAUCGCAGUCAGCGGCUUCUUAAAGAUCGCGGAUCAUGACACUCGGUCAAUCCUGGUGGCAGUAUUUAGCUGUCUAUUGUUUGUCCUUUUCUACUCAAUCGGUGCUGGGCCCAUUCCUUUUACACUGAGUGCGGAGGUGUUCCCACUAUGCGUGCGCGAGGUGGGAAUGAGCUUCAGCGUCAUGAUCAAUUUUCUUGGUCUUGGACUUUUAGUCCUUUUUGUGCCUCAGUUGACCGACGCAUUUAGGGGCCAGGCAAAUCUUCUGUUCUUCUUCUCAGGCUUGAACGUGUUAGCACUUAUCUUGAUUUACCUUUUAGUCCCCGAAACUAAGAACGAGUCACUUGAGGACAUGAAAGUGAUAUUCCGCCGGGCAACAAAGGAACAGGUUCUGAUUCACGCUCCGUUCUUGAACCCCCUCUAUCCAAACUCAUCACGCCAGGGAGACAGUCAAAGUAUAGCUCUGCAAGAUAGAGAAGAAGUAUGAUUUGCUUGAAAAUAUGAGUAUGCAGGUGGCAUCUUUGUUAAUAUCAAAUGAAAAUAAAAC